AUGAGAUAUAGGGCUGUGUGCAAGAUUGAGGAGUGCAAUUGGGUGGUUUAUACCUCACGGGAUCAUGAGAAAACAUGUUGGCAAACUAAAACAUUCAAUAACGACCACACGUGUUCUAGAGAAGCCACCAACCGAGCUGCAAAUAGGAAUUGGUUGACCAGCAAGUUAGUGAAGAAGGUUAGGAAGUAUCCUAACUUUAGACAAUGUGAGGCAGUUGUGUACUUUAAGUCUAAGUGUGACCUGGUGUUAAAUAGAAGUUCUAUUUCUAGAGCCUUGGCAUAUGCUAGAGCUGUGGUAUAUCAAGAUGAGAAGGCUCAAUAUAUAAUGGUGAGGGACUACGGUGAAACACUCUUAAAGUGUAAUCGGGGAUCAACAGUGAGAAUUGACACUAUCCUACAACUAGAUGGAGAGGUGAUUUUUCAGAAGAUGUCUGUUUGUCUUAGUGGCUGCAAGAAUGGGUUUAAGACAGGGUGUAGACGAUUGAUUGGAUUAGACGGGAUAUUCUUUAAAACACAAAUUGGAGACCAGAUUUUAUCACCCGUGGGUCAGGACGCAAAUAAUCACAUAUAUAUUAUAGCUUGGGCAAUUGUAGAUGUGAAGAACACGGAUAAUUGGAAAUAG